GCAGGCCUAUUAUAAGAGGGCAGAAGAUAACAUGAGCCAUACAUAAACUCUACCCAGCAUCACACCUAGUCCUGAGCACAGAGAGCCACUAUACCACACACAGACAUGGCCAGUAAGAAGGCUGCUAAUAAGAGACAGAGAGGAGCCCAGAAGAGCUGCUCCAAUGUCUUCUCCAUGUUCGAACAGUGUCAGAUACAGGAGUUCAAGGAGGCUUUCGGCUGUAUUGACCAAGACAGAGAUGGUGUGAUCAAAAAACAGGACCUGAUAGAAACCUAUGGACAGCUAGGUAUUUUAAUUGUCUCACUUUACAAAAUGUGUGUAUGUGCAUGCGUGUGUGUGUGUGUGUAUGUCGAUUUAUGUUUUAGUGUACCAGGGAAGCUGAACGUUAAGGAUGAGGAACUGGAUGAGAUGUUGAACGAGGGGAAGGGUCCCAUCAACUUUACUGUGUUCCUCACUCUAUUUGGAGAGAAACUCAACGGCACAGACCCCGAGGACACCAUCCUCGCUGCCUUCAAGCUCUUCGACCCAAACGGCACAGGUUUCGUCAACAAGGAUGAGUUUAAACGGUUACUGAUGAACCAGGCGGAUAAAUUCACAGCAGAGGAGGUGGACCAGGCGUUCUCUGUGGCGCCAAUUGACGUGGCCGGCAACAUCGAUUACAAGUCACUAUGUUACAUCAUCACCCACGGAGACGAGAAGGAGGAGUCCUAAAGGCCCUCAGCAAAAAACCCUGACCCCCGACCCAUAACCCCUGAUAGGGCAGAACUGGAAUCUCCUCUGUGGUUGUCUUUUGCCAAUCCAGUAAAGAAAUCAAAUCAACACC